CAGGUGUUCCAAUCCCCUCCAUAUCAUGUGAUUCAGGUGUUCCAAUCCCCUCCGUAUCAUAUGAUUCAGGUGUUCCAAUCCCCUCCGUAUCAUGUGAUUCAGGUGUUCCAAUCCCCUCCGUAUCAUGUGAUUCAGGUGUUCCAAUCCCCUCUGUAUCAUGUGAUUCAGGUGUUCCAAUCCCCUCCAUAUCAUGUGAUUCAGGUGUUCCAAUCCCCUCCAUAUCAUGUGAUUCAGGUGUUCCAAUCCCCUCCAUAUCAUAGUCAAUAGCUAAAGACCUCCAAACUUGGUGUGUCCUUCAGAUGAGCCCAACAACAGUGCGUAGAGGGCUUCAUGGAAUGGGUUUCCAUGGC